AUGGCCUGUUUAAAAAGCCUUGGGGGGGGCCCCCCCGAUAUUAUUCUUGGUAAAGGUGGAGGUGGAGGACAUGGCGGGAGCGGCGGCAAGCAGGCCAAUGCAACUUCCCGUGCAGGGUUUUCCCAUGGGGACACAUUUCAGCCAGAGAAUUUAGGUUCUUCAGGAGGACUUGGGUUAUACGAUUUGGACGGCGGUGCUGGUGGUGGAACACUUUGGUUUAAUGUUACCGAUACUAUAUUUAUAGACGGUAUUGUGAGCGCUAAUGGAGCAGAUGCUUAUUUUAACGGAUCAGGUGGUGGAUCAGGUGGGGCUAUUUGGAUUCAUUGUAAUAUCAUUCAGGGUUAUGGUAAAAUUACUGCUAACGGGGGUUCCGGCUCAAACUAUUCACUGAGUACUGGCAGCGGGGGUGCUGGCGGAAGAAUAGCCGUUUAUUUUAAGGUAAACGAAACAAUGUCCUCUUUUCGCCACCAGGCAUAUGGUGGCCCUGCAGGAGGUAUAGAAUCCGAACAUGGAGGUGCAGGUACAGUUUUUGCCUAUAAUAUGUUAAAAGAUCACACCACACUUAUUCUAGACAAUAAUGAUCAGCAUCCAAGAGAUGAGAAUAAUGUUAUUGAAGAUUAUUCUGAUUUGACCCAUGAUUCUUGCCGAACUUGGAUUUUGCCAGAGUCGGGUACAAAUGAGUUUUCAGAUGGAAAAUUCUCAUUUUCUUUCAAUGAAGUUCAAAUUUCCGGCGCAGCGCAUUUUGCUGUUUUACCACACCCAGUUGGCACUCCCGUUGACAUCUUUUUCUUAUAUAUGAUCGGAGAUAGAACUGGAACCAUGCAUAUUGGAAAUAAUCAAAUUAUGGAUCUCGAAAGAGCUGAGAUUGACCUUCCGUUUAAUGCCAGAGUUUAUGCAGGUGGAUAUUUAGGACUCGCUCCAAACACUUACGUACAUGAUGUGACAGUUUGGUUGCACGGAGAACUUGAUCAUGUUGAAAAUAUAACGUUACACCACAGGGGACAUCUUGCACUGAAAUCAGGGGGUCGUACAACAUUGGCUAAAGCAGAUGAAUACAAUUUCCUUUGGGUUACCAUCCGAGAUAAUGCAACGAUAAGCAUAAUCACAGAUCCAGUGUCCGACCCAGUGUCUACAUUUACAGUUGAAAACAAAUUGAAUAUGGAGGGAGGUAGUCACUUUUAUGGAACAGAUAUCAUUUUAAUCGCAAACGAUCUUACGCUAGAUUAUGGAGCGUCUCUACAUGCAGACUCUUUAGGGUACAGACCGGAGGAUUCCCAGACAAGUACUGUAAAUCGUGGCUUAGGAACGACAGACGAUGACGGCUCGUCAGGUGCUGGCCAUGGAGGUACUAGUGGAAAAGGAUCUGGAACAACAAUGACCGGUCAACCGUAUGGCAAUACGUUUCAGCCUAGAGAAAGUGGAAGUGCAGGAGGAGGUGGAUGGAACGUUGGUGGACAAGGUGGCGGAAGGCUCUACAUUACAGUUUCAAAUCUUUUUCAAAUAGAUGGCGAAGUUCGUUCAAAUGGUGGAGACGGUAAGGCCAUGUCUGGUGGUGGUGGAUCUGGCGGGUCAGUCUUAAUUGACACCUUCAAAUUCCGUGGAAUGGGAAAUAUUACAGCAAAUGGCGGAAGUAGUUUUGAAAACGGACUUGGAAGUGCAGGUGCAGGGGGAAGAAUUGCUAUUUACUUACGGGAGAAUGUGACUUACUGGGGUACAUAUCAAUGUCACGGUGGUUACGCUAGUGGAAAUGCGGAGUCUGGUGGCCCAGGCACUGUUUACAUUUAUCAUCGAGACAAAGACCAUAGCACAUUAUAUGUCAAUAAUAAUAAGCGUACAAAUUCAAAAGAAGGCAAUCUAGUUAAAACAUACUCUGAUUUGGAAGAAGAUAGAUUUAAAGCAUGGAUAUUGCCUUCCUCGUCUGAUCAUAGACUUGCUCGUGCCAUUGAUGAUUACAGGUUUAAUGAAUUACAAAUAUUCGGUAACGCCCACUUAGCAUUCAUGCCAGACCCAUAUGAAAAUGGUUGCAAUAUCCAUUUCCUACAUAUGAUUGGUGAUAGAACAGGAUAUGUACAUAUAGGUCCAAAUCAGAUUAUGGAUCUUGAGCGCGAUUUUUUGGACACUCCAUUCAACUCUUAUGUUUACGAAAAUGGCUACCUCGGUCUGGCACCGGAAACCUUUCUCGAGAGCGUUUUUCUACACAUUGAAGGAACCGUUGAUCACAUUCAUAAUUUAACUCUUGUACAAGGUGGAGGCCUGAGGUUAUUUAAAACUGGAUCUACCAAUGACAGAGAUCCUCGAAAUUACGUCAUUGAAGGACUGACAGUUAUUAAAGCUGACUCGUACAUCAAUUGCUCCAAUCCUAAUGCUGAUUCGGAUUCAUACGAUCUGACUUUCGGAUGGAUCAUUAUCGAAGGAGGUGGUUUAAUAAAAGGUGGAAAUCUCCAUAUCAAGGCGACAGACCUCACGGUAGAUGAUGGUGGAUUUAUUGAUGCUAGCAACGGUGGUUUUCUUCCAGGAGAUGGCCCUGGCGCGGGAACAUGGAGCAUACUCGGAUCAAGUGGGGCUUCUCAUGGUGGCCUUGGAGGUCGCGGGGGCUGUGGAGGUUAUGUGACAUGUCGGCUAGAACGUUACCCUCCCUAUGGUAGCCUUUAUUUUCCUAAUGAGCACGGGUCUGGUGGUGAAGGAGCUAACGGAGGAACAGGUGGUGGUGUAAUCAAAAUGGAAGUUGCUCACACUUUGACCGUUGAUGGUUAUAUCAUAGCGAACAGUGAGAACACCAAGAGUGUAAUAAAUGAUGGUGCUAGUGGUGGCAGUGGGGGCAGCAUUCAAAUAUGGACCCAUAACUUUACAGGAAGUCAUACCGGGCACAUACAGGCUCUUGGGGGCUCAGGGGAUCUGACAUCUGGUGGUGGUGGGUCUGGAGGGAGGAUUGCGCUCUAUCAUUCACGUCAUGACACAAUACCUUAUCACAGGGGAUAUUUUGAUACACAUGGAGGAGCCCCUGGAACAGAUGCUGAGGCUGGUGCUUCAGGGACAGUUUAUGUACAAGAUGAUGAAAGAUCGUAUACAAUGCUACAAGUUGACAACAAUGGGCAAGAGCAGAUUGCUGAAGAUACUGAAAUUGCAGACGAAGGGUCUCGGGUGGAUCUGUCAUCUUUCACUUCAGAUUAUAGCAAAGAAACUUCAUUUGUCACUAAAGAAGGACAUUCUGUGGAAGUGGACCAGUCUAUCUAUAACUGUUAUUGUUACUACGACUGUGGCUGGUACUGCCCAUACAUUAAUUCACCCUCGUUUUAUAGACUGCAUCACUUGUUUGAUCAUACCCUUCGAACUUCAGAAAAAGAUUACUUUAUGGCUGAGUCAGGCUCGGCAAAAGUUACAAUUACCCUCAUAGAAGCUAUGUAUAUCACAAAGGUUAAAGUGUUCCCAAUAGUCCAGCACUACACUAAGUUUAUGGUUACUGGUUAUACAGCAAGUGACGAGGCAUUCCCAGUAACUAGCAACAACUAUGUUGAACCCAGUAAUUACGGGACCCAAGGAUCGUACAUUGAUCUCCCUGUUCAUCGACAGGCUUUGAAGUUCGAGUUUGAUCUACUAGGAUCUGGUGCCACCCAUUCAUAUGUUGCCCUCUCCGAGAUCGAAAUAUUUUACAAGGCUUCAACAAGUGAUCUCAGAAUGAUGCAUGCAAGCCAUGCUGGGGCUUCCACAUGGAUACCAGCAACUGUUGGAGAGACGUUCAGCUUCAGUGAAAUUUACAUUAAAGGGAAUGCCCACUUGGCAUUUGAUUAUGGAGCCAGUCAAAGUCAGGCUUCUAUUGUGGCUGGGAACAUUGUUGGAGAUAAGACAGGUUACAUCCAUUUGUUACACAACCAUGACUUGACAAUUGAGAGCACAGAUUAUGACGUGCCAUUUAAUACCUACGUGUAUGAAGAAAGCCAUGUCACAUUUCCUCCGAGAAAUUUCUUCUACAAGACAAAACUAUAUGCCAUUAAAGGCAAGGUUUCUGGUAUGGAAGACCUAUAUGUUUUUAAAGAUGGCCUAGUUUCCCUGGAUGUUGACAGUAGCCUAGCAACAGAUCAUGCGCCAUCUACCGUCUCUCUGAAGUCAUUGCAUGUCCAAGAGGCUGGCAUCUUUGAACUUUGGUCCGACUCACCAGAGAAAUCGUUCACUAUUGACGCAACUAAUGUCUCGAUUUAUGGGGGUGGUCUUUUUAAAGUGAAUACGAGCUUGAAUAUGCAUGUGCAUCAUUUAUUGGCGGUGUAUUCCGGUGGUGUGUUUAGCUUUAAUGGAGCCGGGUUCCAGCCUGCACCCAUCACCGAGAACCAGGGUCCUGGCCCUGGACAAGGUUCAGUUUUGGGUGGAAGUGGAGGAGGCCAUGGUGGUAGUGGUGGCCGAGGCUCGGGCCUGACAAUCGUUGGUAUAGGAUAUGAUUCUUUGUACAUUCCAAGUUUGGCAGGCUCUGCUGGUGGAUUUGGAUAUUUAUACGGUGCCUUAUACUUUGGUGAUAACGCAUGGGGUAAUCAACUUGUAUAUAAGACCAUAGGUGGGGCCGGAGGAGGAGCCUUCUCCUUGAUAAGUCGACACGUAGAUAUCGAUGGACUUAUUUCAGCCAAUGGUAACACCCCAGAUGACCGGUUUGACACUGGUGCAGGUGGCGGGGCUGGCGGUACAAUCCAUAUACUUUGUGAGGAGAUAGUUGGACACGGCACCCUUACGGCUAACGGUGGAAACGGUGGCGGACCUCUAGGAUCUGCCGGAGGUGGUGGGGCAGGAGGUCGUAUCUCGGUACAGUGUGACAAUCUCUUAAAGUUCAACAUUACCAUGCAAGCCUAUGGAGGUGUGAGUAACAGUGAAACAGGAGGAGCUGGGACUUCCUACCUCGAGUCAUCCAUGUCAAACGGUACUCUGCUUACACAGAAACUUAUUGUCGACAACAACGGACACGAUUAUCCCCAUGCUUCAAUCUAUGAUGAAGGAGACUUGAGAAGUCUUCUCGACGGGAAUUACGAUGACAUAAGUUACGCUGGUGGAGUCACAUGGCUUUAUCAUGAGGACCUGGCAUACGGCUUUAAAGAACUUGAUAUUAGAGGCAAAGCACAUGUUGCUAUUUUAAGUACUUCGCCUUCAGAUGAAACAGAGGUUGACUUUGACUUCCUGUGGGGUGAUAGGUCAGGUGUGUUGCAUGCUGGGAAACACCAGACGGUCAGGUUGAAGGAAGUGGAUGUUUACCUUCCAGCAAACUUGGCUGCUUACAGAAACAGCCGUAUAGAGGUACCAGAAAAGGUUACGCUGCGGGAAGUCUGGGUUGAAAUCAACGGGACAAUAUAUGGAAUGGACGUUAUCAAUAUUGAAAAUGCUGGCGAGCUGUAUAUCUGGUCAUACGCUAACUCGCAUGGCUAUGACAUUGGUCAGCUGGUAGCGACGAACAUUUCUGUGCGAGCUGGAGGAAAGUUUGAACCUCUCGCUGCCGAAGAACAGAUGAAGUUGAACGUAACAAGGCUAAAGAUAAAUGGAAAUGGCUACUUGAGGACGAAUAAUCUAAAACUUGGAGCAACCAAUGUGACAAUUGAUUUAUCAGGUGACUUCCAUGCAGAUUUUACUGGAUAUUCCGAUGGAGAAGGGCCGGGUGGAGGUAGAAAUGCUAACGAGUACGAGAGUGGUGGAUCUGGAGGUGGUCAUGCUGGCCGGGGUGGUCCGAGUAUGUCGGGAAUAUUCUCAUCAUAUGCCCAUGACUCAAUCACUCUCCCGUCAGAUAUGGGCAGUAGUGGAGGAAAUUCUCCAGAUGGAAAUGGUGGACGAGGUGGAGGGAUCAUGUAUCUCCAUGUUUCUGAUGAACUGCGAGUUGAAGGUCGUUUACAUAGCAACGGUGAAACAGGCGGGGAUAAUAAAGCAGGAGGCGGGGCUGGGGGAUCUAUUUAUGUAGAAGUAUUCCAUCUUGAUGGCACUGGCACAAUUGAGGCAACAGGUGGUGAUGGUGGAACUCAGGGUGGUGGUGGUGGAGGUGGAAGAAUUGCUAUAUAUCACAGAGAUUAUAAUGAUUUUACUGGCGAGUACCUGAUACAUGGAGGCAAAGGGACUUACCUAUAUGGCGGUGCAGGAACCGUAUAUAUAGAGGCACAAAAUGUUCAACCGAAUACCAACUACCUUCUCACCGACAAUUUGGGAUACAGCUCUAGCAAUAGGAUUAACGAAGUUCAACGACUUAAUUUGACCGGAAACUAUUUCACGACCUCUGAGUAUCCGGAAACUACGUUCCAUACGCAUAGUGGAAUAAACAUUACAACAGAUGCUAGGCCUUAUUCCAAGCAUCAAUACCUGUAUAGUUAUUAUGAUUACUACUCCAACACUUAUCCACUUAGUUACAUGUUUAGUGACGUGAAAGCAAAUGUCAACUAUUUUUACAUGUCUGUGAGUGACACUGCAAAUUUGACCAUCGAUCUACCAUUUCCUGUGUAUGUGGAAUACCUCCGCAUUUAUCCAUACUGCGAUACUGAUUACGGGCAUUAUGAAAGUGGUGGCUACCGAAACUUUGGAAGUCUAGUAACAUCAUAUGCUGUGUCCAGUUCCCUUGUUGACGACAUACCUGUAGAGCGUACUGAUGGCUUCGUGUCAACGGAAUACUGUCAGACACAAAAUGAAGAAGAUCAGUAUGGAAUAGUGGAAAUAAAGGAAAAUGUUGACAAGAUUUUUAUUCACCUUCAAGCCAGUGACAGAUAUAUUGCACUCAGUGAGAUUGAAUUGUAUGUAAGAGAAGAUCCCACGUCUCCUGUAAUGACACCUUACAGCGGUGAAAAAUAUGCAACAUAUAUUAUACCUGAAGGAACAGACACUAACUUUGAAUUUGACAAGAUGGAUAUUCUGGGUGGAGCCUCUCUAAAUUUGGAAGGUGCUGACAUGAGCCUUACUGUCCAUGAAGUAAUUGGGGAUGGGACAGGCAGGAUAACGCUAAGGCAAACCCAGACCUUUGAAAACACAGCAAGCCGAGAUCAACAGACAUCCGCACUUCUUGCUCAGAGAAAUUCUUACACCAAUCUUCCACCAGAGCUUAAUUGUAGAGGGAUUGAUAUGUACAUAAAAGGACAUUUCAGAUCUAUGGAAAAUAUAACAGUGAAUGCCUUAUGCAACAUGACAAUUGACCAUCAUGAACAGACAACAAAUGUCAUAGACAACCUGGAUAUAAAGACAUUUGGGUCGGUAGAUGUAUUCACAGAGGAUGAGGCCCUGACCACACUUACGGGAACAACACUCACGGUCCGCAGUGGAGCUAAACUGACGUCCAAUGAUUUGAUGUUGGACUAUUACAAUGUUACAAUAGAGCCAUAUGGUGUACUGAGUGUAACAGAGGGAUGUCCAUACAAUCUUCAACAUGAAGGUAUCGGAGCAGGCCAUGGUCAUAAUGGUGGCAGCUCUGGCGCAGGUCACGGUGGCAACGGAGGUCAAGGUCAGGUUCAGAUUGUUGCUGGAGGAGCACAUGACUACUUCACAUAUCCAACUGGUUAUGGUAAAAAUGGAGGUCACUCUUUGUUCCCUGGUAGAGCAGGUAUUGGUGGAGGAAGGCUUUACCUUAAAAUCAAUCAUACUCUUACUGUGGACGGAUUCCUGACUGCACUCGGAGGUGACUGGAGGUCAGUGGCUGCAGGUGGUGGCAGUGGUGGUUCAAUCCACAUUGAGACGUACACCAUUGAUGGAAAUGGAGAGAUUGAUGCCUCAGGCGGAGCCGGGUACGGUGGAACGUGGGCUCCACAUGGUGGAGGUGGAGGAGGUGGUAGAGUUACUCUUUACUACAUGUACAACUUCUAUGUGGGGGACUUUAUCAAUCAUGGUGGUCCUGGAGGCAGUAACGCGGAACCUGGGGGAGCCGGAACUGUAUACUUACAUCGGAUACCUGACCGUGUUGACGGAGUUAUUCCUGAUGAUUUUACAGAAAACAAAACACUCUAUCUAAAUAACAAGGGUUAUGAACCAAGAGAGCCUCAAAAGAAUUUGACAGAUUUCUAUGCCAAUUAUUCGUUAGCCAGUGGAGUGGCAUGGAUUUGGCCCAGUCCGUACCCACCGGCAGUGGAAGUUGGUGAACCAAAUAUGGAUGAAGAGGUUAAAAUCAAGUUGGACUACCUGAAGGUUUACGAGAAAGCCCAGUUUGCGAUGGUUCGACCACGGUACACAGAAAAGAUAGACCUGAACGCUACAUACACAGAAGGUGACAGAACUGGUACCGGACACAUAGCCUUCAAUCAUACCAUAUUUAUAGGAACUGGUAUGGUACCACUCAACCUGUUUGUAUGGCAUGGUAGUGAAACAACACUUCAAGGAGAGUUGAGGGUAGCUGGGGUCACUGUUAUGAUUGAAGGAGUUAUUAAAAAUGUCGAAAAUAUGACCAUUGUUGAUGGAGGUGUGUUGAAGAUCAACCUUAUGAUGGACCUUGCCUACCAAAGAAUAGAUAAUAUAGCAUUUAAUGCCAUUAACAUAAGGAACAGAGGCUAUCUUAUUAUGAAUAAUGACAUAUUCCAGCAUAACAUGACUGGCAACAGCAUGCAGGUAUACCCUGGAGGCACUUUACAAGCUAAAAAUUUGAGGGUCGACGUAGACACCCUAAAUGUGGACGUAAUGGGAGAAUUUAAUGCUAACGGGCUGGGAUAUUGUGACAUGGAGGGACCAGGUGGGGGUUGGUCAGUAGUUGGUACCGACGGGUCGUUGUACGGCAUCGCUGGUAGUCAUGGUGGCGAGGCCGGAGCUGAAAAUACGGAUCAUGAUGCACCUUCAGCCUAUGGAAACUUCAUCUCCCCGGACAGGUUUGGAAGUGCCGGAGGGGAUGUUUCAACUAAUACGUCUUCAUACAAGGGUGGUUGUGGGGGAGGUAUACUACGGUUAAAUGGUAGGACUAAAGUUAAAAUUGACGGUACCCUUGGCGCUAACGGAGAUGACGGAGAAACACUUGCAGGCGGGGGAGCUGGGGGAAGUAUCUACAUCACAACCGAAGAAUUUGACGGCUUAGGGACAAUUGAAGUAAAAGGAGGUACGGGACGUAACGGAGGCGCAGGUGGAAGGUUCGGUGUUGCUUAUGGUUACCUAAACUUUGUCGGAGAGUACGUGUCUAACGGUGGAGAGGGUACAGGUGGAGAAAAUGGUGCCGCAGGAACUGUAUUCACUAAAGACACGGGAGUAAAUGGGACUAAAACAUUAAGAAUAUAUAACAGAAAAGGAGAUGGGGGUCGUAAGACUAGGAUCACCAUUCCUGAAAGUAAAACAGAAGAUCAUGAUAUUGAUGUCCUUGACCUUGGUGACUAUGCCGAGGUUGGUCUCCUAGCAACCGAUGAUGCCAGUGACCCAUCAACUGGAGAUCGCUCCCUGUAUUUACAGCUUGUACAGGGUGACUACACAGCUCUUGUUCACGUUGAAGAAGGCAUGUGGCUAAACAUUGAUUUCAAGGACUCGGCAGUUCUCUCCUUCAGUGUAGCUGUAUAUCCUGAUGGACAAGUCAAUCUUCCUGCAGAAACUUACCUGAAAGAUGUUACAGUGUAUGAUUAUGGCGGAACCAUCACAGGUCUCGAGACAUUUAAUAUCUCACGUGGCGGGGCGGUCAAAGUUUACCCACCUUCCAGAGACAAUCAGUUCUACAAGGAUAUAGUUUAUGAUUUGAACACUAUCAGCGUUCUUGAUGGCGGAGAAUUCUCAUAUUUUGGUUCCGCCGAAGAGGACGAUUUGUUGACAGUUACGCUCAGUGGAGAUCUCGUUGUUAGAGGAGGUGGUGUUAUGACAGUGAAUAGAAUGACUCUUAAUGCUGCCAACAUCAAUAUUGAAUCAGAGGGAAUACUGAGUGCAUCUGGAGGAGGCUUUCCAGCUGGAGAUGGCAUUGGCACAGGCGUUGGGCAUGCUCAGGGCAGUGCAGGAGGGUCAUAUGGUGGUAUUGGUGGGCAUGGAAGUUACACAAACUUCUCUGGCUUGGCCUAUGGAAGUGUCAUUUUCCCUGAGGAUUAUGGGAGUGGUGGCGGAGUCACCUGGUCUGCUGAAACGGGGCACGGUGGAGGUGUUCUGCACCUGACGGCAUCUGGAUAUAUCGAGGUGGAUGGUGAAAUUAAAGCAGAUGGUGAGGAUGCAUCUGAAGAUGGAGUUGGGGGUGGUGCAGGAGGCUCUAUAUGGAUGAAAGCCGACGCUUUUUCAGGAAGUGGUAUUGUCUCAGCCAAUGGUGGGGCAGGAUCGUGUGUACAACAUUGUGCCAGUUGUGACUCUGAUAGGCGAUGUACGAAAUGUCAAUCUGGAUAUUAUUGGCGUAACUAUCUCUGCGCAUCAGACGAGACGGCUGGUGGUGGAGGUGGUGGCGGAAGAGUUGCAGUUGUAGUUGCCUCUGAAAACACUUUCAAAGGAGAAUUCCAGUCGUAUGGAGGAAAAGGUUUCUCUGAAAGUGGUGGCUCCGGGACCGCUUAUGUUUCAGCUCCGGAUGCCUCAGGUAUUGUCAAAUCAACGCUGACGGUCGACAACCGGAACUCUGUACCGGACAAUAUCUACAUCGACAAUCAAGAGGAGGACAGCUGCAGAACAUACAUUGUUACCAACGAUGGCGACACCGCCGAGGAUUUGACCUUUGACCACGUUUAUAUAAAUGGCGAUGCACAUCUUGCCCUCCGAAAGACCAGCGCCUCUGAUGUCGAUGUAACAUUUAAUUAUCUACACGGUGAUGGUACAGGCAUGAUUCAUACAUCGGUUGAUCAAGUAAUUUCUGUCAUGGACAGCGAUAGUCCUUUUCCGGCUUCAUUCAGAGUCUAUGACACCGCCAAUAUUAAUCUUCCGGCAGACUUAUACUUUAGUGACUUGACAUACACUGAUAUAUAUGUGGAUGGAGAGAUAAGUGGUGUACAGAACUUAAGUCUUGGACGAGGAGUUAACUUUGUUAUCGGAGAAAAUGGGUUCACAAGCGGCUAUGACAAGCUCACCUUUGCCUUCAACAAUGUGCAGAUUUAUUCUGAUGGUAAAAUGUCAUCAGCAUCAGUAUUUGAAGAUUCACCAUCUUUAACACUGGCUAUACAAAAUGAAUUGAGGCUACACGCCGGGGCUACUAUCCAGGCACCAUGGGUGAAGAUAGAUGCAGGUUUUGUACAGGUAGACUCUGCCAGUGUGAUUGACACAAGUGAACUGGCACCUGAGGAUAUUCAACAGAAAGGAGUGACAACUGAUGUUGGAGGAGGUUCAGGGGGUGGCAAUGGAGGUGCAGGUGGUAAGGGUAGUUCCCAGGAUUACGUUGGGUCGCCCUCAGCCGAUGGCUCAAUCUACAUACCUAAACAAUAUGGUGGUAAAGGAGGAGAUGGUGGGGGAUCAACAUCAGAUCUCAGGUGUACUUAUUCACCUUUACAAGCAGGAGGUUCUGGAGGUGGCGUGAUUGAGAUAAGAGCGAGCAGUCUGUUACUUGAUGGAGACCUGAAAGUAAAUGGUGGAGACAGUGCUGGGCCUCGCGGAGGUGGCGGGGCAGCAGGAAGUGUUUAUGUUGAGGUGGAUUCAGUGUCUGGAAGUGGUAAGAUAUAUGCCCAGGGCGGCUCAAUAUCAACAUCUGUACAAAUAACAACAACGACCACCACAACAACAACAACGAUUGCCCCAAUCACAGAAGCUGAUAACAGCACAAACUCUACGGACAUUGAAGAGCCAGGAUGGACUGGAGAAUCUGAUCCAGGUUGUCUAGGGGGUGGCGGUGCUGGGGGUCGUGUAGCAUUACACCGGACUGAGGACACAUUUUCCGGUUCAAUACUCGCCUACGGCGGCUCAGGGUACGAAUGUGGUGGUGCUGGAAUCAUUCUUCGUAUGAACACCGCAGACGGAACAAAGAAACUGACAGUUGAUAAUGAAAACAUUUGCACCCCACUGGAUUCAAGAGUAGAGUGGACGCAACUAUCGGACACACAUAGAGGGCAGAUGAGUCAUCAUACUUGGUUGUUUGAUGAGCCGAACUCCCAUGAACAUGUGUUUGAUGAAGUUGAAUUGAGUGGACAAGCACAGCUGGCUUUGUACAGGAAAAAUGGAGACAGUUUCACUCAGUCCAUUACAGUGAUGAAAACAACUGGAGACAAGAGUGCUACAUGGCAUAUUGGUCCCGAUCAACGUUUCAUGGCCCAACUUCCGGAUGACAGUCCGGAACAGCAGUUUGGAAUGUUUGUGUACCCAGGCGGAGUUAUGCAAGCUGAACAGACGUACACUGUUACUGGAAUCACUAUAGAGAACGAGGGAACGAUGGACGGAGUGGAACAUCUUGUUAUAGGACCGUUGGGGAAAAUGACUUUAAGGCAUACUGGCGGUGAUGUUAGGCCUGUAAUUCAAUUUACCUCCAUUACUGUGAAAGGAGGCGGCACAUUAGUUAUAGAAACAGAAGGCGUUGGUAUGGAACUGCUGGGCACAGACUUUACUGUGGAAAGUGGAGGGAUUGUUGAAGCUGAUAAUUUGUUCCUUCAUGCUCAUACACUCACUGUAGAAGAUUCAGCUUACAUAAAAGCUGACAAACUGGCUGUCAACGCAGAUGGGGGAAAAGGUAAAGGUGUGAACGGACGUGGUGCCGGUCAUGGAGGUCAAGGCGGGAAAGCAACUAAUGCAGGCUCAUUCAACUUGAACUUAACAGUAACACCAGCCUAUGGAGGUGGUCUCUUUUAUGGAGACAUAGUUGCGCCUUCAGUAGCUGGCAGUAAUGGAAUAUUUAAGGACUUUACAAAUGAUGUUGAGGUCAAAGGGGGAGGAGUUCUUUUCUUUGAAAUUGCUUCCACUGCUAAUAUUGAUGGUGUGAUCAGUAGUAAUGGAGAGGAUGGAACAUCUCUUGCAGGUGGCGCUAGUGGAGGAAGUAUCAUCCUUAAUGCUCAUACAUUUAAUGGGAAAGGAAAAGUUACUGUCAAUGGUGGAAAAGGAACAUCAACAACAGGGGGUGGCGCGGGUGGUAGGGCUGCCAUCCAUUACAUUGAAUCCGAGUUCACAGGAUCUUGGGAAGCUUAUGGUGGAAGCUCUUCCCACAGCGUUGGCGGUGCUGGAACUGUGUACACUGUUGCCGAUGGCAAAACCAAACUUUACGUUGACAAUAAAGAUCCUUACACAGUUGAUGAAACAAUUCAAAACUAUGACAAAGAUGGGGUAGAAAAUUAUGACUUCAGUCGUGCAUGGAUUGUCUUCCCCGAGGACGGUAUCCUCACUGUCGAUGAGCUCUAUCUGUUUAAUGGAGCACACUUGGCUUUGGAACCAGCAGAUAAUCCUGCUGAUGCCCAGCACAGUUUUACCACAGAGAGUUUCUAUGGGGAUGGAUUUGUAGAAAAUGCAGAAAAUCUAGGAAGCAUUCAUGUUGGACCUUACCAAACAUUUUCUGUCAAGGCAAUAGACAGAUAUUUCCCAGCCAAUGCUAUAGUCUAUGAGGAUGGCUUGCUGAAAACACCAGCCAAGAUGAAAUGUUACAAUUCUAAAACUACAAUCUACGGCACAUUGGGCGGUGUCACAGAGCUAACGCUGUCAAAAAGCAUUCUUGAUAUGAAAAGCACAGGCAGAUCAGAGGGAAGGAAAUCUGGCGGCAUGGUUUUAAUUUCAACUAUAAAUGUAUUGGCUGAAGGAGUUUUGCAGCUGCUUGAUGAGGUACAAUAUCAAUUAACAACUUCAAACUUCAACGUAGGUCCUUCAGGUGUUGUCGUGGCAACAAAUCUCCUCAUUGAGACUGAUAAUGUCAACAUUGAAGAAGGCGGUAUCAUUGAUUUAAAUGAGAGAAGCAAUCUUCAGGCCGGAUUGGGUUACCUGCCAAAAUAUGGAUCUGGACAUAGUGGAGAAGGGGGCGGUUUCUAUAACAGCUCGUUUGAGAAAUUUGAACGUGGUUUACCAUAUGAUGACUUCAAAGAACCAGUCCUACCUGGAUCUGGAGGAGACACAACAUUAGGUGGAGGUGUAAUUAAAAUACAGGCAUCUGACACUGUAGAAAUACAAGGAGAAAUCCAUGCCGAUGGCGGAAGUGCAACCUCUGUAGAUGCCAAUGGUAAAUCGGGAUAUUAUGGUGGUGCAUCAGGUGGAAGUAUCUGGAUAACCAGUCAGACAGUCAAGAUUGGAGGUGUGAUAUCAACAAAUGGCGGGUCUGCAACAAGCUCUGGAGGUGGGGGAGGAGGGUUUAUCAGCAUAUAUUUUGAAAAUGGCUAUGUUGAUGAUCGAUAUGUUACAUCAUAUGGGGGGACAACUUUGAAUGGUGAAAAUGGGGCGGCUGGAGUGAUCUACCUUGAGGAAAGUGGCAACACGAAGGCACUUAUUAAGACUGAUGAAGCAUCAGACUGUUUGUCAACAAUGGCUGUUGACCCUGACCUACCAAGUGUACAGCUUGAUGAAAUAGAGAUCGUUGGACCAGCUGUUGCAGGUUUUCUUGCUCGAGAAUCAACUCCAGCAUUAAAUGCUCAAGUUGGAACCAUUACUGGAAAUGCUGAAUCAUUGAUAAGAAUUGAUAAAAAUGUUGACUUGUUUUGGGGAACCAGAGUUGGUAAGGUAGAUGAGUUAAGAAUCAAUUCAAAUAUUCGUGUGAAUGUAGACGGAGCCAUUGAUCUGCCAAAGACAGUUAUAAUAGACAAAGACUGGUCCCUUGAUGUGUGUGGAACCAUUUCUUCCAAUACAAAUACGAUGACUGUAAGGGAAGGCGGAGCAUUGAGAAUGUCCCAUCCGGCAUCAGAUCUCAAUAUUGACGCUCUUGUGGUGGACUACAAUGGAAAGCUGGAAGCCUCGAGCUAUUGUGACACCACAACAAACAAAGUCACACUUACAUUAACUUACUUUAAUACCACAAGUGAUUUUUCCCUAGACACAAGCAAGUUUUCAUUGAGUGCAUCCAAACAAGGGACAGUAUCUCCUAAAGGUACAACAAAUGCUAAGGAACCAGAAUGUGCCACCUCGGGUUCGUUUGAACUGAAAUCAGGUCAAUAUUGUGAAAUAUCAACGGGUACAAGUACAUAUACAAAGAUCACAAUAAACCCUGGAGCUGAGCUUAGAGUAGUUGGAAGUAAGACAGGUUCUGGAACAACAAUAAUCAAGGCCACAAAUAUUGAUCUUAAAUUUGGUGGUUUGAUAACUGGGGUUGGUAAAGGAUUUAAAACUUCAGGGAAUGGAGCAGCAUCAUCUGGACAGGGUGCAACUCAUGGUGGGAGAGGUGUAGGCAACACAAAGUCAACAUAUGGCUCAAUUACGGCACCAACCACAUACGGUAGCAAUGGACCAAGUGCAACAGAUACUUCUGGAAGAGGUGGCGGACAAAUUAAAUUACAAGUUACAAACGUUUUAACCAUUGAUGGCACAAUUGACAUGAGUGCAGACUCUGGACCUGGAGGAAGUGGCGGGUCUAUAUUUGUGACAGCGAAGACAAUAGAGGGAGAUGGAUACAUAAAAGCUGAGGGUAAUGAUGGUGGCGGAGGUGGAAGAAUAUCUGCUGUUGCAUCUAAAACUUAUUCAUACACUGGAACAAUAUCUGCAGUUGGCGGAGAAACUUCAUCUGGAGAUAAAGGAUCAGCUGGUACAAUCUAUUUGGAGUACCCAGGUACUGAAAAAGUGAUUAUAAGUGGAACAGGCACGGAAACAACACCAGUCAUUACAGAUUUAACCAGUUUAAGUAUUGAAGAUGGUGCCUCUGUGACAAUUGAGAGCAGUGUUACUAUAAAUGAAUUAUUUGAUAAAUCUACAAACACUGCAUGUAGUCUUAAAGUCCUUGGAGGCAACACCCUUACCACUACUUCAAUGGGUGAUGAGCACAGAGGAUUUGCAUGUCAAGUUGAGGUUGAAGAAGAAGGGGCAUUGACAGUUAACUCUGAAAAUCUUUUAAUAUCUGGGGAUUCCCCACUGCUUGAAUUACAUGGCACUCUGACCGCAAAUAGCCUGACUUUGGAUAACCAUGGACACUUUAAUCUUAAUUCAAACGGACGCCUUAUUGCAUCAUCACUCAAACUUCAAUCUUGGACUGAAACAACAGUAGCUUCUACGGCAUUGUUUGGAAAUGAUGGACAGAAAAUAACAAUUGACACAUUUGAACUUGGCUAUGAGGCAAAUAUCACCUUUGAUCGCAGUGAAAUUUCCUUCGAAACUACCACCUUUAAAAUGUACUCAUUGUCAAAGUUUAUCUUAACUGGUGAUAAGAAAAGCCUGAAUUUCAUCUCAGAUGAGUUUAUAGUACAGGAUGGUGCAGUGAUUGACUUGAGUGAAAGUGGUGAUUUAGAUACAGGAUCUGGAUCACCAUCUGGAACUGAAGGAGCUAGUUACGGUGGAGACGGGGGAUUAAAUGAGGACACUAAAGCAUAUGGAUCAUCGAUUCUCCCUGCUGAAUACGGAAGUGGUACAACUGAUGUCAGAGGAGGAGGAAUUAUCCAUAUAGAGGUAGCAAAUACAGCUGAGAUUGAUGGAUCACUACUUGUUGAUGGCGAAGGAUCCACAGUUACUGGUGGUGCCAGUGGUGGAAGUAUAUAUGUCUCUGCUUCUAUACUUCAAGGGCAUGGUCAGUUAUCUGCCAACGGAGGGGAAAGCACUGUAGGAGGUGGAGGAGGUGGUGGGAGAAUUUCUCUAAUAGCUUCGUCCCAGUCAGGAUUCCUUGGAUUUGUAACAGCUUAUGGUGGGAAUGGUACAUUAGCAAGUGGAGCUGCAGGUACAAUUUAUAAAGAAUAUUCGCAGUCAGGAGGCUCGCAGGUAAAGAAAGCUAUCAUUAAUAACAAUGGUCUGAUAUCCGAGGCAUCCACAUACUUGUCCGAUAUAACAGAACUUUCUGAAUUGGAAAUUGCAGGCUAUGGCCAGGUAAAAUCAUCUGGAACAUCUACGAAAUUUGUAGUGGCUACAAUUAUUGGUGAUAAUACAGGUACUUUAACAGUUUUGCAAAACCAGGUAUAUGAUAUUGCAACUUCCUACGGAACUAUCUCACCAUAUGCAUUAGAAUGUAAACUUAUUGUUCAAGAAAACGGAGAAAUAACUGCUCCUGCUCGCAUUCUUCUUACUGACGAUGAUGUUACUGGUGAUGACUGGUAUAAUCUAGAAGUGUACGGCACAUUGAUCGGAGUAAGAGAAAUGACUGUUUCAAGUGGUGGUAAGGUUUUUAUACAUUCUUUAAGCAGAUCCGGAUUUUCUGCCGACAGCAUCCAACCUGCUGGAAAAAUGUCAUUAAAUAAAAUCGAGGUCACCACUAAUGGUAUUUUAGAGAUAGGUACAGACAGCAUGGAUAUUUACAUACUUGAAAUGAUCGAGAAAUUGACAGUAAAAUAUGGCGGUGUUCUCACCUCAAGACAUCUUGUAAUUCACUCUCCCGAAUUAGAAGUUGCUUUUAAUGGACAUCUUAAUGUAGAUGGUGGAACAGUGAUGGUUGUUGAAUCAGGUGGUGCUGGAGGAAGUUAUGGAGGUGCAGGCGGGGUAUCAUUUGACGGUAAUUUCCCAUCUGCAAACUAUACUGGAAUACAUAAUGAAAUUCAAAGCGGGAUGCCUGGAAGUAGUGGAGUGUCAGAAGGGGCCACUAAUGCUGGUGGUUAUUUGUUAAUACAGACUGAUACACUUACUGUACAUGGAACUAUAAGUGCUGAUGGUGAUCAUGCUACAAUUGAUGCAGGCGGUGGAAGUGGUGGCGGAAUAGAUUUGUAUAUUGAAGAUAUAGAUGGGUCUGGAUCUAUUUCAGUAAGGGGUGGUUCUGCUGUCACAGGUGGUGGUGGAGGUGGAGGAAGAAUAAAGUUAGAUGUACAAGGAAACUUUCACUUCUUAGGAGACUAUAAGUUGCAUGGUGGGUCUUCAGCAAGUGGUCAAGCUGGAGGAUCGGGAACAUCUUUUGUAGUAUUCCAGCGUACAGAUGAACCAGGAUUUGUGGAGUAUAUUUACAUUGACAAUUCAGGCGCAUCAGGGGAAACUGAAGGUGUCACCUAUAUUGAUCUCCCAUCCACUGAAUUACUGGAGUUUGAUAAUAUCAACAUUGGUGAUGCUACAAAAUUGUGGAUAGGCACUCCAGGUCUUCAUGUUAAAGCAAAGACACUGACUUGUGGCUCCAGUAGCACGAUUGUUGUUGAUGAUGAUGUUAUUUUCAGUGCAGAUGUUGAGUUGGCAUACAGUGCUAUUCAAUGUAGCUUCAACUUAAAGCAAGCUGGGGAAUUAAGGCUUCCAAAAUCUGUUGAGUUGCAGGGAGAAGAGAGUAAAUUUGAAGGAAUUCUCACAAAUAUUGGCACCUUGAUCAUUUCACAGUAUCAAAAGGUUACAUUUUCACCGGUAGUUAGAACAGGCGCAUGCUGUAAUGAGGCUGGCGAGCACAGUUUCCUCUCAAAUCCUGGGGAAUACACAUUUUUCACAUUUACAUUGAAAAACUAUGCAGAAGUAACAUUUGAAAAAGAUCCAGACACUUUAAAGAAUAUAGAAUUCGUAGAGCUGGAACUGCAGUACGGCUCUAAAGUUAUAGGGGAAAGUCUUGACAUCUCGGCAAAUGAAAUUAAAUUACAUCCUGGCUCGACACUGACCUUGAAGGGAUAUGAUGCUGAAGCUGGUCCAGGAAAAGGAAACAUGGUGGAUGGUAUAGGUUUAGGUGCAGGCCAUGGAGCCCCUGGAGGAUCAAACUCGGCGGAUAUUACUGGCGGUCUGUCUUACGAUAAUACACGACUUCCUGUAGAACCGGGUAGCGGAGGUGGAAAUUCUUUGAACGGGACAGGUGGAGCCGGUGGUGGAUAUCUGAAACUUACCUUGUUUACUUCGCUCACUGUGUUUGGUACCAUAGAGGUAGAUGGAGAGGAUGGUAUAGGGCUAAAUGCAGGAGGUGGAAGUGGUGGAACAAUCCUUAUUACCACUCCAUUGUUAACUGGUGAUGGUGAAAUUAGAGCAAAUGGUGGUAAAGGAAAUGAAUAUGGUGGUGGAGGCAGUGGCGGGAGGAUGGCUAUCACAAUAACAGAUUCCAAUGAGUUUAUAGGAACAAUGAAAGCAUAUGGUGGCGGAAAUGAUCAUAAUCUUGAAACUGUGAAAGCAGGGCCCGGAACUGUUUUUCUACAGGAAGGCAAGUCACCUCAAGAAACACUCUCGCUGCUGAUAUCUGGAGACGUUGAUAGCUCUAUACAAGAGCAGACCUUCGCAUAUAUUGACGGAGAGGCAGAGGAAUACAAGUAUGAUCUGCUGACAAUAUCAGGAUAUGCAAAUGUGGCAUUUGGCAACUCAGACACAGAGUUAAAAUUGGCUGAUGUUAAUGGUGAUAAAACAGGCACCUUGCAUGUUACUGGCUAUCAGAUUGCUCGAGCUGCUGUUGUUGAAGGAAAAGUUGGAACUUUUACAACUACUGUUAAUUUUGAUGUCGAAGAAGAAGCCACACUUCACGUACCAGAAACCUUAAUUGUUGCUGGGGUAUUAAUAGAUUUAAAGGGAACGUGUACUUUCAGUAAACUUAUUGUUGAAAAUGGUGGUAUUAUUAAAGGCUACACUACAACUUCUACUUCGACGUACAGUGGUGGGAAUUAUAAUAAAAGAGGAAACAAUGGAGAAUACAUCCUAAGUGAGCUUAAACUUGAGGCUGGAUCAAUGUUUAUUUUACCAUCAGGAGGUCUGAAAUUGACUGUUGGAACAUUGGAAAUGAAACGAUUUGUUGUCCUAGAAGCAGAUUUUGUAGACGUAACUGCUGUUAAUGUUAUUCUGGAACGUGAAGCAGCAUUAAGCACAAAUGGAAGAGCUGCAUUAGAUGACGACCUUGUUCCUGACACUGCACACGGUAUUGGAAAGAAUGGUGGGGCUCAUUCAGCAGCUGGGGGUGUAGGUGUAAAUGUUACUGUUGACAACGCCUCAGAGCCGUUUGGAACAAUUUACACACCAAAUACACCUGGAGCAUCUGGCGGCCCAAAUAAUCAAGGUGGAGGAGCUAUAAAGAUUACUACUGAUGAACUCAUACUUGACGGGAUUCUACGAUCUUCAGGUGGCGAUACAACCUCUGGUGGUGCUGGUGCAGGAGGGAGUAUUUACGUCAUAUGUAAUUUUGCUCUGAAAGGGUUGGGUUCAAUGGAGGCUAAUGGUGGGUCUACAUCUGAUAUAGAAGGCGGAGCUGGUAGUGGUGGACACAUUGCAGUUCAUAUGCAGACUGAUGAAUUUCAAGGAGAAUUUAGUGCAGGAGGAGGGACUUCUUCAGCUGCUCAUGGAAACGGUGGACCGGGGUCAGUAUACCUGUUGUCUGAAAACAAUGGUGAGAGAUACAUUUGUGACAAUGAUAAUGGUCAAGUUGACUUCUACUGCACACUAAAUGAGGAAAGUUUGACAUUAGAUUUUGAUACAGUAGAUAUCUAUAACUAUGCAAAAGUUCAGAUGAUUAAAGAUGGGAAAGAACGUGUUAUAAAUAUAGCAAAAGUGAAUGGUGACAGUACUGGCUUGGUGCGACUUCAGGAUAAGCAUAAAGGUACACUAGAAAGAUCUGUCACAGAUACAUCAGCUCACUCCAAACUUAAAGUAAACAUUGAGCUCCAUAAAGGGGGAGAGUUCAUUAUGUCAGAGACAGUAACUAUACUAGGUCUAGGAUCUGUGGCAUUUGACUUAGAUGGUGUUUUGAGGGGUGUAACCAAUCUUUAUCUUGCUUCAAGUAGGAAAAUGAGAAUUGGACCAAAUGCCAAAAUUGUUCCCUUUUCAGCAACUGACCUCUCAGAAUAUGACUAUGUAGCAUUUGGAACACUUCAACUUGAGCCAGGAAGUAUUGCUGAAUAUGAUGCUGACACAGGAGCAAAGAUAAAAGCAAGCAAUAUCAAUCUUAAGUUUGCAGCUGCGCUAUAUGCUGAUAAUUUUGACGUCACCGCUUCUAACAUUGAUCUUGAACUUGAGAGUGUCUUAAGCUGUUCUAGUGAAAACAGAAUAGGAUCUGAGAGCAUUGACAUAACAACAGGAUCAAGUAAGCCAGGAAAUAUAUCAAAUGAUGGCAGUUGCCAUGGUGGCGUAGGCAGUGGAUUAGGAGAUUGCAUCUCUUACAAUUCCCUUUACCUACCCUCAAUGUCGGGCAGUAGAGGUACAUACAACGACAUUACUGGUGCGAAAACUGGAGGCAGGGGAGGCGGAUGGAUUCAUAUUCAAGUAGGAAACUUGUUAAUCAAUGAUGGUACAAUUGAUGCUAAUGGUGAAAUAGCUGAUGAAAGUGGAGGUGGAGGAAGUGGUGGAAGUAUUUUGAUUGAAGUUUAUGACUUUGAAGGUUAUGGCUACAUCAAUGCUUACGGAGGUGAUGGAGUAGGAACAAAUGGAGGAGGAGCCGCAGGAAGAGUAGCUGUACAUUGUUCAUUGCAGAUAGAAUUCUAUGGAACCUUCCAAGUCUAUGGGGGCUCUGGAACUGAUGAUAGUCUUAGUGCAGGAGGUGGAACAGUUUACUUACAGGAUGAAAGAUAUGGUAAAACCUAUAAAAGACUGUUACUAGACAACCAAGGAAGACCUCAUGGCAAAUAUGCAACUAUAGAUGAAACUUUUGCAGACCAUUACUUUAAUGAAAUUCAUCUGAUGAACAAUGCCUCGCUGCAACUUGUAGAUGAUGACAGGGACUCUUCUUUAGAAUGUGAAAAAUUUUACAGCGAUGGGUCAGGAUUAUAUCAUUUACAUAAAUACCAAACUUUAAAGGUAGAGUAUGAUCCAUCAACAAGAAAUGCUUUCCUGGCAGGGGUUAACUUUAUAACGGAUGCUGAAUCGUAUAUAUAUUUUCCGUCUAUCAUUUAUGUUUAUGGAACAGGUGUUUUCUUAGAUGGACAAACAGAACAUAGGUCCAUGGCAAUAUUUGGUGAACUUAUUGGUAUAUCAGAUCUUAUUCUCGGUUUCGAAACAUUACUUUAUUUUGGUGAUCUUGCACAUACGGCAUCUGUAGAUAUUACAACUGGAGCCUCGGAAGUUGAUCCAGUUGGAACAGUGACAUUUGGAACCUUAGACUUACGAAGCUACUCCCAAAUAAAGUAUGCACCAGAUCAGACUGUAACUCAGAAGAUUGCUAGGAUUGAUGCACGUUUUAAAUCGGUGAUUUCAGCGGAAAGUAUCGCAAUUCAAGCAAGUAUAUUGAAUCUUGAAGCUGGUGCAAAACUAACUGCAUCAGCAAUUGACAGACCUGAUGACAUGUUGAAUGAAGAGCUUGGACAAGGUAUUGAUGCUGUUGUAAAUGGCACUGAAGUUGGAACUGGAGGCGGGUAUGCAACAGAUGGAGGAGGUUGGUAUGCCACAAAUAAAAGCUUGAUAACGGAAGGUGGUGAAUUCUAUGGAAGCCUGUACUCACCUAAUUUGAGAGGCAGUAGGGGAGGAAAUGGCUUAGAAAGCAUUGGAGGUGAUGGUGGUGGCUUCAUAAAUCUAAAGAUAGCUACAGAUUUAUUAAUUGAUGGGAAAAUAACAGUUGAUGGAUCACAUGGUGGUGAUGACUCUGGUGGUGGUGACUCUGGUGGUGGUAGUGGUGGAACUGUCUAUAUCAAAUCCAAAAAUUUGGAGGGUUAUGGAGUUUUAAAUUCACACGGUGGAGAUGGUUACUUUGGUGGGGCUGGAGGUAGAAUAGCAGUAUAUCUUGACACAGAAAUGUACUUCUUUGGAACAUUUGAAGCUUUUGGGGGAGAUUCUACUGUAGACAGUUACCUUUCCGAAGGAGGACCUGGAUCUGUUUAUAUCAAAGAUGUCCGAAACUCGAGAAAAUAUGAACAAAUUCGAUUCGACAAUAAGGAACGAUCAUGGGACCAUCAGUAUAUCCUAGACGAAUACGAGGAAGGUGCGGAAAAAACUUACUACUAUUUUGAUGAGAUACACCUUAUGAGGAAUGCAUCAUUGCAGUUAAAGACAGGGGAUGGAGCUGAACGAGUUUUAGAAUGCCAUGACAUUAAAAGUGACAGAUCUGGAAGAAUAUACCUACGUGAACAUCAAACUGCACGUAUUGGCGAGGCCCAACCAUUGAUGAAGUUUCAGUUUAACUUGUGGAUUGAUGAAGCUUCCAAGGCCUACCUGUCCCCACUUAUUUAUAUCCUUGGCCAUGGUGAAAUAGCCUUGAAAUGGAACGGUGAAAUGAUAGGCGUGCGGCAUUUACGUAUAGUACCCGGAAGAGUAAUAAAUAUCAAAAAAGAUGCUAUGACAAGCUAUGUUGAAGAUGGAAAACUAGUUGAAGGAACACCGGGUGCAUUUGAAUUUUCUACUAUGGAACUAGGGGCUCUUGCCAUAAUGGAGUUACCCCCACCAAUGCCACUUGUUCUAACAGUUGGAAUUUUGGAGAUAAAGUAUAAUUCAAAGUUUCUGGCGGACUCUAUGCAAGUUUUGGCAACAGAAUUUUUCCUUGAACCUCUGGCAAGAUUUAUUUGCGUGGGAACCAGCCGUGAAUACCAGAUUGGAGAUGCUUCAGAGCCAGAAGCCGGUGGUGGUUAUGCCUCCAAGGGAGGAGGAGUUGUGGGUUUCCCUGAUUCCGGAGGAAUCGCAUAUGGCUCAGUCUAUAUACCUAAAGAACCUGGAAGUCGUGGAGGUGGAACUGGAGGUGGCCUAGGUGGAGGUCAGGUGGAUAUAAAAGUGCCCGCAGAAUUUCUUCUGGAUGGUUUAAUUCUUGCAGACGGAGCUGACGGCGUAUUUUCUGGAAGCAGUGGUGGAGGAGGAAGUGGUGGUUCCGUUUAUAUUGAAACAGGUCAAUUCUCAGGACAUGGAACUGUGUCAGCUAUUGGAGGUAAAGGUCAUUUAAAUGCCGGAGGUGGGGCAGGUGGAAGAAUAAGCAUUCACACUGUUGAAUCAAAUGAUUUCAAGGGAAGUCUACUAGCGUAUGGAUCAGGAGGAUCAGCAGAUGGGGAUUUGGGUGGACCUGGUACUGUUUUUGUAGAAGAUAGAAUAUCUGAAUUCACCUAUGAAAGCAAACUAUACUUGGAUGGUCAGGACCUGGAAGUUCCAAAGCCUGUUGUGAUAUACGAGAAAAAUCCUCGACAUGUCACAGAAGCCUCGGAAGACAUUUUUACAACAAAUGGGGCAGAUCUUGACUUUGAACAUGUGAUGUUGAACAAGAAUGCAAUGCUUGAGAUAGGCGCUGGGAAUCAGAGUAUAUCAUCAAUUAACUUAGAUACCGUAUAUGGAGACAAAACCGGCUACUUGCAUAUACAAGAUGGCCAGGUUGCUUUCACUGAAUACUCAGAAUAUUCACUUCUUAGAUCAAGCAUGCCGGUCAACUUCCAUAUUGAUGAAGGCGCACAGGUUUGGAUGUCAUCAGAUGUAAAAAUUGUCGGUUCCCAGAUUCCGGCAUUUAAGUUUGACGGUGAAAUGGUUGGAGUUCUCAAUUUCACUCUUGAAGAAGACAGGGAGAUGUACAUAUCUGAUACGGCCAUUAACAGUGUUAUAGUGGACGGAUCCAGGCAGUCUUUUGAUAGUGGCACACUUGGAAUAGGAAUUUUGGCAUUGCAAGCAAAUUCAUUGAUAGACCAUUCAGACCACUUUCAUUUAGAAGUUUCCAACUUGCACAUGCGAUACAACUCUACAAUAAGUGCUAACAGAAUCACAAUAGGUGCCACUGAUGUUAUGAUGGAAGGAGAAGCAUCUUUUGUUACAACUGGUCGUGGUGGGGACGGUGAUAUUAUGACAGGUCAAGGAGGAGUGAUAACUCACACAGAACUGAUAGACAACAGUACAGUAGUGAUAGAUGUAGGUAUAGGUGGAGGUCAUGGCGGCUUUGGGGGUGGCUCAAAUUAUGACGACUUCACAUCAGGAGAACCAUAUGGAUCAUACAUAAAGCCACAUCACACUGGAUGUAAAGGUGGUGGAAGUGAACCAGGAAGUGGCGGUGGUCGCAUAAAUGUAGAGGUUUCUCGUGGCUUUCAUCUUGAUGGUAACAUAGAGACACAAGGAGGGUCAGCACAAGGCUCAAACAGUGGAGGUGGUAGUGGCGGAAGUGUAUAUGUAGUGACUCAAAACUUUUCAGGACAUGGACUUGUGGAAGCUACCGGCGGAAAUGGGUUUGACCUUGGUUAUGGUGGAGCAGGGGGAAGAAUUGCCAUACAUGUACAGUGGUUUAAGGAAUACAGUGGAGACUACCAAGCAUUUGGAGGGUUUUCUGGGGACGGAGUACCAGACACUGAUGAAACAAGGAAUGGAGCGGCUGGAACUGUUUACACAACUGAUUCAAACUCGAUUGGUUUAGACAAAAAGGAGGUUGUAGUUAUUGAUGGAGUUACAACUUAUUUAGAUGGUUACACCUACUUGUUAUUAGAUAACGACAACAGAAACCAUGUUCUUGGUACAAUGAUUAUGCGUGAUGAGGGCAGCACACCUUACACAUUUGAAUUUGAAGAGAUUGAAGCUAACAAUCAUGUAGUUUUAUGGAUUGGAGGUGAUGACUCAGAGCUUGUUGUUCAUUUAUUCAAUGGUGACAGAACAGGUCUUAUGCAUGCCAAAGGCAGACAGAAAGUGUAUGUAGAAUAUAUUGAGUCAACUCUUGGAUAUACAGUAGCACCUGUCAGUUUCAAAAUUGAAAGUGGUGCAGAGGUCAUUCUACCCUCAACCACAUUUAUUUAUGGAUCAAGGUCAGAGUUUAGUGGAUUGCUUACAAUGGUACAGAAUCUUACAAUAGCUGAAGGAGCAACUUGUUUAUUCACCUCAACUGCCCGGACUGCUCUUAUUGAAGCAGGAGAAUAUGUCCACCUAUCUGACCCAAGCAACAUUAACUUUAGUCAUCUGACCAUACAAAGGGGCUCAGUGAUUAUAUUCACUGAAAAAGAUGGAACGGAUCUUACAUUAAAUCUGAUAAAACUGAGCUUGAAAUAUGAAGGACUUAUGUAUAUGAAUGCAGGAACAAUAAAUUCAAGUAAUGCUGUAGUUGAAAGUCUUGCUGUUCUUGAUAUCGAUUUCCAAGGUUAUGAAGGAGGUUACGGGUAUGGAGCUGGUUUCACUUAUGUACUUUAUGGUUAUGGUGCAGCCCAUGGAGGGCAUGGUGGUGCUCCUGAACCAGAAAAGGGAGGAAUGCCAUAUGAUUCUACAUACAAACCUGAGUAUCCAGGUAGUGGAGGUGGAGGAAAAAAUGAUGAUGGCUCUUUUUGUGGCGGAAAAGGUGGUGGUUAUUUACGAUGGAAUAUUGGCGAAACUCUCUGGAUUGAUGGUGAAGUGACUCUUGAAGGUCAGUCAGGGCAAGGAUUAAACUGUGGUGGUGGAAGUGGUGGAGGUCUUUUUAUACACACAACAAAUUUUACUGGAUUUGGACUGGUGGAUUGUCAUGGAGGUAAUGGCAGUGGUGAUGGAGGUGGUGGGUCUGGAGGGAGGAUUGCAAUUCAUAUUGACUUCUCAAAUCGCUACAUUGGCCAUCUACAUGUCAUGGGAGGAUUUGGACUGGGACUGUUGCCAUCUGGGGCAGCUGGAACUGUUUACCUUCAAGAAAAUGAUCGAGGCCCUCAGUAUGCAGAUGUUAAAUAUGAUGAUAUAACAGGUGAAGAGAUAAUUACAGCUACUCAUAGGAGACUAGAGGUUAAUAAUCAUGAUAUUGAUAAGCAUUUGUAUGUUGAUCAUAACGAACCCUGGCUCUAUACAUCUCUGUUUGAAAAUGAAAAAGCAUAUGAAUUUGAUGAAGCAGAAUUGAAAGGCCAUGCUAACAUUUGGGUUGACUAUCCAACAGAGCUUGAUGAUGAAACAAAAUGGGAUGUUGAGGUAAAAAUUCAUCUUUUCCAUGGUGAUAGAACUGGUGUUUUUAGAGUUAGAGAUCGACAAAGACUCUAUGUUGAAGUUGUUGAAUCUCAAUCUAAUGAGACAGUUGCUCCUUGUAGUUUUAGAGUUGACAAUGGAUCAGAGAUUUUCAUGCCAACAACAACAAAUUUACUUGGCUCAAGAACAGUUAUUGCUGGUUUAGUCACAGGUGUAACAGAAAUGAUGGUUAGGGGUGGCUCAAGUCUUUUCAUGUCCACUGGAAGAACUGCACUUAUUGAAAACAGAGAAUAUGUUAUGGUAACUGGGUACGGAAAUUUCACAUUUUCUAUUCUUAGAAUAAUGGCUGGGGCAAUAGCUGAAUUCAGAGAUAUAACUGGGCUUUGUGUUAUAAGUGUUUCAGAAAUGUAUGUGAAAUAUUUAGCACUACUGCGAUUGAACUUUGUUCAAAUAGAUUCAAGUUAUGCACAUUUGGAAAGUCAAGGUGAAAUGAAUAUGGAUGGUGUUGGUUUUGGCCCAGAAGAAGGUUUUGGUGCAGGAUUCACUUUAGAGGAUGGUAUAACAGGGGUUGGAGCUGGUCACGGUGGAUAUGGAGGAGGACCCGCACUGGAGUUUGGUGGAAUACCAUACAACUCAAUUUAUUGGCCUCUCGAACCAGGUAGCGGUGGUGGAAAUGGAAAUGGUGUGGGAGGUUCAGGUGGAGGGUACUUAGAAUGGAAUGUUGCCGACCUUAUUGAAAUUAAUGGUUUACUGAGUCUUUCAGGAACAGAUGGCAGUGAAGGUAAUGCAGGUGGAGGGAGUGGUGGAAGUGUCCUCAUGAAUGCUCUAAAUGUUACUGGCCAUGGAAUUAUGGCAGUUAUUGGUGGAGAUGCUGCUGCAAAUGGAUAUGGAGGUUCUGGAGGUAGAAUUGCUAUAAAUUGUAGGUUAAGGUACUCGUAUGGUGGAAAAUAUCACAACUAUGGUGGGGAUGGUUUUGGUGAAAACCUGAAAGAUGGAAAACAUGCAGGUGCGUCUGGUACAACGUUUAUUGAGGAGAAUUUAAGAGAACUUGAAUAUAGAGAGAAAAAGUUUGAUCCUGUACAUAAUACAACAUUUAUGGAUGUCGAUCAUCAUGUUAUUCACUCCAAUAAUGAAUUUAAAUACAGUCCUGCUCCGACAGUUAUUCAGGACCCUGGGAGAAUUCUGUAUGAAUUUGAUGAAAUGGAUAUAAGCCGUUCUACUUAUGUCUGGUUCUACCAUCCUGAUGAUAUUGAAAAUAUUGAAGUGAUUAUUCAUAAAUUUCUUGGCGACAAAUCAGGGACUGUGCACAUCAGAGAGAAACAGAAAAUUUGGGUAGAAUAUGUUGAAUCUGUUUCAAACAAAACAGAAGCUCCUGUCAGUUAUAUCAUUGAUGACGGGGCUGAGGUCAUAUUUCCAUCUGAAUUACAUUUGCAUGGAACAAACACCACUUUUGCUGGCAAAAUGACUGGAGUAAGUAAUCUUUACAUUGAAGAUGGUGCAUGGGUAGAAUUCAUGAGUACUGGUAACACGGCAAGUCUUUUGAAUGGUGAUUACUUUGAUGAAACAGAGCCUGGCAGUUUCUCUUGGGACCAACUUCAUAUAAAAAGAAAUGGUAAUGCAGGUUUCUUGGAUAUUACCAUGGAAGACUAUGUAACAAUUGGGACAAGUGAAAUAAAGGUUAAAUAUCAGGGUAAUUUAUACAUGAACAGAGCUAGAAUAAAUAGCACAUACUCAUGGAUUGAGAGUGAGGGAAUAUUUCAUUUAAAUGGACACGGAUAUGAAUCGCAAAAAGGUCCUGGGGCUGGCUUUACUGAUGAAUAUGACAUUGGUUAUGGAGCAGGCUUUGGUGGGUAUGGUGGUGGGUCUGAUCCAACACAGGCACCUUUGCCCUACGGAAGUGCUUUUGCACCAUCUGACUUUGGUAGUGGCGGUGGGGAUGGAUCUGGCACAGGUGGCAAAGGUGGAGGUGUGCUACAUUGGAUCACAAGCCAUUACUUUGAACUUAUGGGUACCCUAGCACUACAAGGAACAAAUGGAGAAGGACUAAAUGCUGGAGGCGGGAGUGGUGGCUCUUUGCUUAUUGAAUCAAUGAAUUUUACGGGACAUGGCAUCAUUGAUACAGCUGGUGGCAACGGUACAGGUCUCGGAGGUGGGGGUGCAGGCGGAAGAGCAGCUAUUCAUUGUGAGUGGCGAUAUACAUUUGGUGGUACAUUCAUCAACCAAGGUGGUGUGAGCGGGGACAACAGUACCUUUCAUAGUCAUGCUGCCGCUGCCGGGACUACUUUUGUGAAGAACAACAAAAGGCCUCUUGAAUACAGAAUUGUCAAGUACAAAAAGGACUCUGAUAUAAAAUAUUUUGAAGUUGACCACAGGUAUAUUCACAUGGACAACAAAGGCAUUCUGUCGCCUGUAGCAACAAUGAUAAUGGAAGAAGAGACAACACUGUAUGAAUUCAACGAGACGCAAGUUGAUGGCAAUGCUCGAGUUUUGUUUUACCAUCCAACUGACUCAACUGUUACUGUGAUCGUGCACAAAUUCUAUGGAGAUAGAACUGGCCAAGUCCAUCUUAGAACACACCAGAUUGUUUAUGUAGAGUAUGUAGAAUCCGAGACUAAUGUCACAGAAGCACCUGUUAGUUAUAUCAUAGACUAUGGAGCAAAACUUGUCAUGCCAACCGAGAGUCAUUUCCAGGGGACCAACACUACUUUAGAUGGAUUACUUAUAGGUAUACAUCACUUAUAUGUGGAAGACAACUGUAAUCUUAUUGUAUCAAGUACUGCUCAAACAGCUCAGAUAGAAAAUGGUGAGUUUGUAGAUAUAACUGAAGGCGGAAACUUUGAAUUGCCAACAAUUAAUGUCAAGAUGGAUGGUAUCUUAGAAUUUACGAAAAUAACAACUGACUUUAUAAUUGGUGCAGCUUUUCUGGAAAUGAAAUACGGAAGCACAGUCUAUAUGAAUCAUGGUUUCAUUGUUGCUGGAGAUGUAGAUAUGGAAACAUCAAGUAAAUUUAGUCUAGAGGGUAAGGGCCAUGGAGCUGAGUUAGGUGAUGGUAAAGGAACAGGCUACAAUGGUGGCAGUUACGGAGGUGUAGGCGGCGGAGCAGAUGAUACCUCCUCUUAUGGUUCUGCGUUUGAUCCUAAUCAUCUUGGUAGUGGUGGAGGUGGGACUGACGGUGGACCUGGUGGUGGUUUUGUCAAUUUUACAAUCGGUAAAUCUCUGCAUAUUGACGGAUAUGUUGAUGCUUAUGGUGCUGACAGUUCUGGAAUUGGAGGAGGCGGAAGUGGUGGUUCUAUUUUUAUAAAGGCUUAUGACAUGUCAGGUCGUGGAGUAUUAGAUGUCUCUGGUGGCGAUGGGAGUGGGACUGGCUGUGGUGGAAGUGGUGGAAGAAUUGCCGCACAUAUAGACAGUGAGAACUUGUUUGUAGGAGAGUACCUUUCUCAUGGAGGUUACAGUGGUAACAAUGUAGCACAAUGUGAUGGUGGUCCUGGAACUAUAUACAAGUUCGAGUCUGCAAGAGGCCCACAAUACAGAGAGCUGAAAUAUAAUCCAAGAUUGAAUAAAACUAUCGUGGAACCCGAACAUAGGAAGUUAACUGUAGAAAAUGGUGAUCUUAUAACGCCAAAUCCAGCUGUUGUUAUGGAAUCAGACAGUGAUUAUUAUGAGUUUGAGGAGUUACAAGUGGAGGGCAACAGCUAUGUACAUUUUUACCAUCCAGAGUCUGCAGAAGCAGUCACUGUCAUUAUUCAUGAGUUGACUGGCAAUAAGAAAGGAAUGAUUAGGGUUCAAAGCAUGCAACAAGUGAUAAUAAAUUUUGUUGAAUCAACACACACCUAUUUGGAUGCUCCUUGCGGCUUCCAUGUUGACCCAGAUGGUGAAAUUGUUCUUCCCUCGACAGUUGUCAUGUUAACAGAGAAAACUAUUCUUGGAGGAGCAAUGGUUGGUGUGGAGGAGCUAUUUAUAGAAAGGAAUGCUGAAUUUGUUAUGGACAAGGAUGCAUCCACAGUUUCUUUAGACAGCUUUAAACUGGGAAAAAUUGGUUCACAUAAUACCGGUGUAGUUAAUAUUCCAACAAUUUCUGUGAACAACCUUGGAAUAUUCACAGUGGAUAUGAAUCCAAGCCACCCAAUUAUCAAGUCAGGUCAUUUCACAGUCAGAAAUGGUGGAUUACUUGCUGCAAACUCUUUCCAAAUAACCAUUGAAACUGCAUAUCUAGAUGUAGAGUACGGAGGUUCAGUCGAUGGAUCAGAACAAGGCUAUCUGCUAGAGGAAGGGCCUGGUGCUGGCUCUUCCAGCUCCCAUGAUGCAAGUGGCGGGGCAUUAGCUAGCAGAGGUGGCAAUAGCUAUAAUGGAGCAGUAGGUGGUGAGGCGUAUGGUCACACAGAUUGUUCAGAUAUACAGUAUGGAAGUGGUGGUGGUGGUUCUAAUGGGGGAGCUGGAGGCAGUUACAUAGACAUCAUUGUUGGAACUCAAACAACUGUUGAUGGUACAAUAGCUGUGAAUGGAGAAUCUGGUAUAAGUGGGAAUGUGAGGAGCGGAGGUGGUAGUGGUGGUACAUGCAAGAUCACAACAGGUUCCCUUAUUGGACAUGGAACAAUAACUAGCCAUGGUGGAAUGGCAUAUGGAGGAACAUAUUAUUAUGAAACCUACAUAGGAAAUGGAGGGGGAUCAGGUGGAAGAAUAUGUGUUAUGCUUAGAGAGAACUUGAGAUUCCUCGGAACAAUGUCAGCUUUAGGUGGAAGUGGGGCAACACACCAUGGAUCACCAGGUACUGUGUGGGUGCAGUCAACUGUAGGCGAGGACGUUACCAGUCAUAUUUGGGUAGAUCAUGCAGAUCGAUCAUUCAGUUGUGCUAGCUACCCUGUAUACAUUGACAUUGAUUCAGUAAACAACUUUCAUCCAAUGAGAAAAGCAUGUGUGUUUCCAACACAGGACAUUGUUGUUGAACAUGUAGGAGGAGAUGGCGAUGCUGAGAUACAGAUAAAUGAGAACAUAACAAUGUAUCUAGCUGACGGUUACCUGCGUACACAUGUCCAAUCUUCGCUCUAUAUCAAUGGAGCCGUUAUUUUCCCUACAACAACUUACGCAGAACAAUAUGUUACAAAUGAGGGUUCCAUCAUUGGUGUUGAACACUGGUACUCAAGAGGACAUACAAAAUUGAUUUCAACAGGACAGUCAAGUUGUUCCUUAGCAAGUGAUGUUGGAGCAUACUAUUUUACUUCCUUUACUACAUUAAGUGAUGGCCAUUUCUCGAUCGCUGACGAUACCAUGUAUGAUGUCAAAGAAAGCAUUACAAUGUUCACGGAUACAUUCCAUAUGGAGGGACAAUCACAUGGAUAUAUCAACAAGUCAGCUAAUAUCAUGGGCAGAGUUCUUGAAAUUGAGAAACAGUCAAUCCUGGACGGGAUCGGUGAGGGAUAUGGUUCCAGCUCCGGACCCGGUGCCGGUUGUACAUCAGGAUGUGGAUCAGGUGGAGGUCAUGGGGGAGAUGGAGGAAGUUGCUCUGGAUGUGGAAGUUGUGCUGGUGGAGAAUCUUAUGACAACGAUGCUCUUCCAUCAAUGGCAGGAAGUGGAGCUGGAAUCUGCUCUCAUGGAAAAACCGACAUUGGAGGACGUGGUGGUUCGGCAGUUCGACUGGCACAUAGCUUUACUGUAAUAGAUGGUACUGUGACAAUGAGUGGAGAAGAUUCAGUUGGCGGUGGAGGUGGUGGAGCUGGAGGGUCUGUUUGGAUUGAUGGGGAAGUUGUUGAAGGAUGGGGUCACAUUAAUGCAGAUGGAGCUGUUGGUGGCUCAGAUACAUGUAGUCACUACACCAGUCAUAGAGGUGGUGGUGGAGGUGGUGGAAAAAUACGAACUUGGGGUAAAGAUGUGUCUAGCAAAGUGUUACGGCAGCAUAGAACAGUUGCCGGAGGUUCAGGCUCAUACAGAAAUGGUAAUAGCGGUACAAUUUACAGUACUCAUGGUGACUUGUGUAGUGGAUAUGGUGCUUGGAAUGCAUCAACACUGCUAUGUGACUGUAAUGAUGGUCAUGUUGGAUAUGACUGCCAAUUUGUCUGUGAUAAUGAAAUUACAUGUAGAGGCAAUGGCGAGUGCAAUAGCCAGGGGCAAUGUGAGUGUACAAGUGGUAUCGUUGGAACACAUUGUGAAAAUGAGUGCCAUAGAGACAUUGAUUGUAAUGGAAAUGGUGAAUGUUCUACCUGCGGACUUUGCGUAUGCGAUCCUUGCUUCUCUGGGCCAGACUGCUCCAUUGAAUGUGGUGGUGCCGGUACUUGUGUUGCAGACCAGUGUGUGUGUGACGAUUGCCAUUUAGGUGCCCAUUGCACAUCUGAGUGCAACGGACAUGGCUCUUGUGAUUCAAACACAUGUGCAUGUGAUGCAAACUGGGGUGGAGAUAAAUGUACUCUAAAAGGCUGCCCAGGACCUGAUCUUGAUUGUAAUGGACAUGGAAUCUGUAAUUCAGGGACAAGCACAUGCUUCUGUGACAUUGGCUGGCUAGGCGAUGACUGUGGUGAGCUUGACUGUCCCGGAGAACCAAAUUGUCUCGGACAAGGGAUCUGUAACACCCAGUUUGAUCCUCCUAAAUGUACAAACUGUGAUGAUGGGUGGAUGGGAGCAGAUUGUGGCACAGUUUGUUUGUACGGUACACCGAACGAAGACGAGACUGUAUGUAAUUGUACUGAAACCUGUCAUCAUGGCAUCGGAUGUGAUAUUGAAUGUUCUGGAAACGGCAAAUGUCAUGAGGACGGUACGGGAGAUUGCUUUUGCGAUCCUUUAUCCGGAUGGAGUGGUACUUACUGUCAAAUUCCAGGAUGCCCUCGGAACCCAGAUACAGAUGUGCAAUGCAGUAGCCGUGGUAACUGUGACGCUGAGAAACACAAAUGUGAUUGUUUUGCUGGUUGGAUAGGUGUUGCUUGUCAUGAACCAGAUUGUCCUGGUGAUCCGAUCGAUUGCUUUGGUCGAGGACAGUGUGAUGAAUCCACAAAUCCACCUUUGUGCGUGAAUUGCCACGAGAAUUGGAUGGGUCCAGCUUGUAACGACCCUUGCUUGCACGGCAUUCAGGAGCCAAUGAACAGUGGUAACUGCUCUUGUGUCGAAGGCUGGACAGGUGUCGGUUGCAACUCUGAGUGUUCGGAACAUGGAGAAAUAAGUGAUGUGACUGGUUUCUGUGUUUGCACAUAUGAACUUGGCUGGAAAGGACGAGUCUGUGAAAUUCCAGGAUGUCCGGGCCUUUUCAAUAAAGACUGUAGCGGAAGAGGUGGAUGUGCCAGUGCAUCGGCUACAUGCACAUGUAAUAGAGGUUGGCAAGGUCUUGGUUGUGAGGAGGCGGACUGUCCGGGCGAUCCAGACUGUAAUAACAAUGGUACUUGUGAUGAUACACUCGAUCCUCCAAUUUGUCGUUGUGACGAUGGUUGGUUUGGAGAUGACUGCAGUGAACCUUGUGUAAACGGGCAAAUGAAUCCAGUAGGCAGCCAGAACUGCCAGUGCCAUCCAGGUUGGGUUGGUAUAAAUUGUAACAUAGAGUGUUCUUUCAAUGGCAUUAUAGUUGAAGAUAAAUGUCAAUGUGACAUAGGUUGGCGUGGUAAAUACUGUGAUAUACCAGGCUGCCCUGGAGAGACUACAGAUUGCAGUGGCCAUGGGGAAUGCAACAAAGAAGAGCAUGUAUGUUCUUGCUACCCUGGAUGGACAGGUGAGAAGGAUGGAAACGGUUACCUUGAUCUGUUGACAAAUGCUUGCGAUGUUCCCGACUGCCCAGGUCAGCCUGAUUGUAGUGAUGUGGGCGAGUGUGAUUCCACACUUACUGUCCCCAAAUGUAAGAACUGUAUGGCAGGCUGGAUGGGAGAAUCAUGUGAACAUGUUUGCGAUGCUUCUCAUGGUAAACAGAGCCCAAUGAACAGCGGGUUCUGUGAGUGUGACAGUUGCUAUACUGGGAAAGGAUGCAAUGUUGAAUGCAGUGACCAUGGACCAUGCAUUGAUGGUAAAUGCAACUGUACAGUUGGAUGGAGAGGCUCAAAAUGUGAAGAUCCCGGUUGCCCUGGAAACAACACUGACUGCUCAGAUCAUGGAGCAUGCAACACAGCUACACAUGAAUGCACAUGCCUUACAGGUUGGACUGGUGAGGACUGCAGUAUACCAGACUGUGGAUAUGGGGCAUGUUAUGUAGAAGAAGGUCGGGGUUAUUGUGAUGGGUCAACGGGAGAACCUAAAUGUGUGUGCAAUACAGAAGAUGGAUGGUUUGGCCUGGAUUGUGACAAGCAAUGUAUGAAUGGUACAGUGGUGAAUAUGAACAAUACGCAUGGAGGUGAAUGCGAAUGUUUUAACUGUUACAAUGGUGACAGAUGCCAGAUUGAAUGCUCUAAUAAUGGAUUCUGCAAUAACACCUACAGGAAUGAAUGCAUUUGUUUCAAUGAACCAAAAAAUGCAUGGGCAAACACCCUAUGUGAAGACGAAGCAUGUCCUGGAGAAGACAAGAAUUGUAACGGACAUGGAUCAUGUGUGAAUAUGGUGUGUUUAUGUAACGUAGGAUGGCAAGGGGAUGAUUGCGGCACGCCACUUUGUCCUAACAAUUGUUCAGGAAAUGGUAUUUGUGAAUAUGAUGAAGUUAUAGAGUCAGCUGUCUGUCGGUGUUCGGAACAAUGGAUAGGUAAAGAUUGCCGUAUGCCAUGUAUAAAUGGAACAAAUCUUGGAGACGGCAUAUGCACUUGUAACAGAACUUGUGAUACAGGAAUUUCUUGUCAUUCAAUUUGUAAUGGACGUGGGGUGUGCGAAGAGAAUGGGGAGUGUACAUGUGAUUUUGAUCUUGGAUUCAAAGGUGAUCAGUGCCAGUUAGAUGGGUGCCCUGGAUGGCCAGAAAACUGCAUGGGCAUCGAGUUUGGCUCGUGUAAUGAGGCUAAUGGAAAGUGUACAUGCGAGCAAGGUUAUAAAGGGAAUGCCUGUCAUAUUCCCGACUGUGACUGCAGUGGUGUAAACGCAACUUGUGAAAAAAGAGAAGGUGACCUUAAACCAAGAUGCUAUGAUUGUGAUCCUCCAUAUAUUGGAGAUCAGUGCCAAUACAGGUGUGUACAUGGGGUGGAAGAUCCAGAAACUUUCAUGUGUAACUGUUUGCCUUGCUACAAUGGUGAGGAGUGCGAUCUUCAAUGUAACAAUGAAGGAACCUGUACAUCUGAAGGCACAUGUGAUUGUGGAUUUGACGGGUUCCGAGGAGAAUUUUGUGAGAAUGAGGAGUGCCCAGGAAAUGUAACAUCAUGUUCAGGACAUGGAAGUUGUAACGCUGGAACUGGAAAAUGUAGCUGCAACCCAGGUUGGACUGGUAUUGGAUGCCACAUAGCUAAAUGUGAAAAUGAUUGUAGUGGGUCUGGUACAUGUUUACCGUUGGAUACUCCUGUCUGUGAAUGUAGCCCAAAAUACUUUGGUAGUGAUUGUGGAAGUUAUUGUGACAAUGGUAACGUAACAGUUAUAGUUGUUGAAGAGAAGGAGAUCGAAUAUUGCAGCUGUAACAAAUGCUUCUCAGGUUUUAAUUGUGACAUAGAAUGCAAUGGUCGAGGCACCUGUGCAGGAGACGCAUGUGAUUGUGGGUCAGAUGGUUGGAAGGGCGAUAACUGUGAAAAGGCUGGUUGUCCUGGAGCAAAUGGACUUGACUGCUCUGGACAUGGAUCAUGUGUGACUGCAUCAAAUACAGAUAUCG